AUGCCUGGGAUACACACAUUUUAUGAUGGUUCGAGGGUUUUGGAACCAAUCGCUAAUAAAUUGGGAAUCGAAUGUGAUAGAGUAAGUUACUAAUCUUUUUGAAAAAUAUUAGAUAUCAAUAGAAACAUUUUAAAAUUUGCAGUUCAAUUUUGUGCUCUCAAUGUUCACAAGUCUUGGAAUUGCCUACAUCUACCGAAAAACUUGUGUUCCUGGAAAAGUGAAUCGUCAAGUUCGUUUUGUGAUUCCUCCUGUGGUUGGAAUUGCACUUUUGUUCUUUUGUUUUGGUCGAGCUAUCAAACAUUUAUUAGCAAAUGCGUUGGGAAGUUAUGCACUUAUGUAUUUUGCACCGCCAAGUCAAGUUCACAAGUGAGUACUUCAAAAAACGUUCAAUAUUUUUAAAGUUAUGAAAUUUAUAUCGUUCAGCUACGCUAUGAGUGCUCUGAAAACUGAUAAUCACUGAAAAAAUGUCAUAAACCAAAAAUAUUUUUUUCCUGUGAUUUUGUUUCAAAUUGAAACCAUUAAAAUUAGAAUCUGAAAAAAAUGGUCAUUAGAGUACUAUAACAGAAAUCAUUGUUUCCAAAUCGGCUGAAAAACUAAUUAAAUUUCAUUAUAGACAAAAAAAUUACAGCAGAAUCUAUGAAAGCUCACUCAAGUUUCAGAAUUGUUUAGAUAAAGUAGCAAUAUUUUCAGGCUUGUCUUCAUAUUUUCAAUGGGCUAUCUAUUUUUCAUCCAUUGCUAUCGUUGGGCGAUUUUGGAUUCUUAUAGUUUGGAUAUCACUGGUCCGAUUAUGGUCGCUGUUGAGAAGGUAAACAUUUUAUUGAUUUUUUUUUCUAAAAAAAAUAACUCUUGAAAUUCAGGUGACAAUGAUGGCUUUCAAUUUGAAAGAUGGAAAAGAGAAAGAUGACUCAAAAUUGACUGCUGAACAAAAGAAAGAAGCGAUUAAAGAUAUUCCAUCACUUUUGGAGUUUAUGUCAUUCAUGUUCAAUUUCCAAACUGUUCUCACUGGUCCGGCAAAUAGUUAUUCGGAUUAUUUGAAUUUUUUGGAAGGAACUCAUGUGCAAAAGGAUAAAAAUGGAAAACUUCCAAGUCCAUCAAAAACCGCGUUUAGAAAACUUGGACAAGCUAUUGUGUUUUUGGUGAUUGUUGCAACUCUUGGAUCAAAAUAUAAGGUUGAAGAUGUUGGAACUGAAGAAUAUUAUAAACUUCCAAUGUAUCAAUGGUUCUUCUGGUGGUUCUUUACUAUCACUUUGGUCAGAUGUACUUAUUAUUUUGCUUGGGUGUUUGGUAAGUUUCUUAUCAUAUCGGAAGAAAAAUAUUUUUCUGAAAUUUUUUACGAUGCUAAACCAAAAUUGUACUUUGAUUUUUCUAAAAUGAUAAGGAAAUUUUUCUGAAAGGCAAUAAUUGAAUUGAAAAUUUUCAGCUGAUGCGGUCUGUAACAUGUCUGGUUUCGGAUUCAGCGGAUAUGAUAAAAAUGGUAAUGCUGAAUGGAAAUUGUGCACAAAUGUGCUUCCAUAUCAAGUAGAAUCGGCUCAAAGUUUGAAGGAAAUUCUUGACGGAUGGAAUAUUCAAACGAUGUAUUGGUUGAGAAAAAUUGCCUAUGAAAGAGCACCAAAGAAAUAUUCAACAAUUGCAACUUAUUCAUUGUCAGCAGUUUGGCACGGUGUUUCAAUUGGUUAUUACAUGGCAUUCUUCACUUGCGGAUUGUUCACAGUUGCUGGAGCUACAGUGAGUUUGAGUUUAAUAUUCAAAAUAUUUUUAAAGAAAUUUUAAAUUAAUUUAAAUAAUUCUGAAAAUAGGGUUCCAACAACCGGCGCUUUGAAAAACUUUGAGAAGUUCAUAUUUUUUCUGGACACAAACUGAUAAUUCUCGAACUAGAGUUCUCGAGUUCUUGGGAAAUAUAUCGGUGUCGUGGGAAAAUUUAUGAUUUGAAUAAUGCACGGCUGUUCUUAUCAGUUUUGCCACAAUUUUUUAGUUAUUGAUGUUUUCAAUUAUGGACACCGUCAGGAACACGAACACUAGAAAACCAGAGUGUAACAAAAACUAAUAUUCCAAUAAAGUUCAGACUGUCCUGUACGUAAUGAUAAAAGAUCAGAAACUAAUAUGAUCCAGAAUUUAUUUUGAAUUGAGAGACACCAGCUUGAAUUACUCGCUUGGAUUUUAAGAGAUGCUUUCCAUCACUAUUCCAUUAUUUGAAUAUAUUCGACAAUCUAUCUCGACAGGAAACGCGUUUCACAUAAAACCCCAAAAUGAAAUCUCAUAAAUUAGAAACCUCAGAAAAAUUAAAAGCAAUAAUUCACCUUCUGAAAAAUGUAUUUUAACAUAUUCUAAAAACAAAUUAUGAUUUUCAGUGGCGUCGUUGUAUGCGUUGGCGUGCAUUGUAUAAUCCAAAUGUGAAAUUGGUUUAUGACAUCUUCUCAUUUAUUAUGGCCAAAAUUGCUCUUCAUUAUGCAACUUUCUCAUUUGUAACAAUGAAUUUGCAUCCAGCUGUUGAUGUGUUGGCGUGAGUUUGAAAUUUUCAACAAUAGGUUGUUGAGACUUGAGAAAAAUACAAUUUUCACAUCUGAUGUCAUGCGAAAUUGUAAACAAUUUGAUUUUCAAUGUUUUUGGCUAGAUUUGAAACUUCAUCUAUGAUAAACUAAAAAUUAUCUAUUUGAAUUAAAAAUCACCUAUAUUUAUUGAGAAACAGAAAGUUGUUUGUCAUAUGAGUAACCAAAAUAAAACUUAUUUACUUUUUUGAUUGAUCAAAAAUCACAUUUUUCAGACGUGUAUAUUUCAUUCCGCAUUUUGUUGCAUUUGCCAUCUUAUUUGGCCUCCCGAAAUUCUUCAAGCCACUCAAAAAACCAGACACAACUUCAAAAAAAUCUCCUGAAAUUAUCAACCCUGAAAAGCAAAAACUGUUGGAAAAACAAGAAUAA